AUGGUUUCCUCGUCCCUGUCCCUUAGCGCUGGCUCGCUUUUCCUUGCUCUGUUGGCCUCGUCAGCGGCGGCGGCUUCCGAGAGCUACCAGCUGGUGGAAAACUGGCAUGGGGAGAGUUUCCUGGAUUACUUCAACUUCCACACCGGUACCGAUCCCACCAAUGGCUUCGUUACAUAUCUCGACAAAAGCAGUGCCGAGAGCGCAGGCCUGGUAAAGGUCAACGACGGCGGCAGUGUUUACAUCGGUGUUGACCACACGACCACACUCUCCCCCAGUGGCAAGGGCCGUGACUCCGUGCGCAUCGGCAGCAAGAAGUAUUACGACCAAUCCCUUGUCAUUGCUGACAUUGCCCACAUGCCGGGAAGUAUCUGUGGUAGCUGGCCUGCCUUUUGGUCGGUGGGUCAGAACUGGCCGUCGGACGGUGAAAUUGAUAUCAUCGAGGGCGUCAACUUGCAGGACCACAACGAGAUCGUGAUGCAUACUGCUGGCACAUGCAGCAUUACGGACACAGGUAUGACCGGUGCUGUCAAUGCCACUGGUUGUGGUGAAGAUCUGGGCACCGUGGGUUGUGUUAUCGAGGGCGACCAGGGUAGCUACGGCACUUUGUUCAACAAGCAAGGUGGUGGUGUUUAUGCUAUGCAGUGGACUGAACAGUUCCUCAAGAUUUGGUUUUUCCCUCGCUCUUCCAUUCCAGCUUCCAUUACCAAGGGUGUGCCCGAUGUUUCCCAGUUCGGUACUCCCAUGGCUCUUGUUGAGGAAGGUUGCGAUGUCGCGAACAGCUUUAAGGCUCAAUCAUUCAUAUUCGACGUUACCUUCUGCGGUGACUGGGCCGGUGGUGUCUUCGGCCAGUCUGGGUGCCCAAUGUCCAGCUCGGAUUCCUCACAGAGCUGCAUCAACUACGUCGCCAAGAAUCCUACUGUAUUCGAGCAGACCUACUGGGAGAUUAACUCCGUCAAGAUUUACCAGACCGGCGUGGAGAGUAGGACGGUUGCCUCUACUUCGCACUCCGCCACUCACACCCCUGCUACUCAAGCUGUGACCGUGGCCUCUGCUACCCAGGCUACCCAGGCUACCCAGGCUUCCGCUGUUGUGGCGGAGACUCCCGCCAGCCAAGGCUGGAACACUGUCUCUGCUGCUUCUGCCGCGACCGAAGCCAGCAACACGGCUGGUUCCGUGGGCGAACUUGGCGAUGGUGGCUCCUCCGCUACUGCUCAGACCACGAAGAGCUCUACUACCCGAUACGUCACGAAGUUUGUUACUUCAACUACCACUCUUUGCCCUGUCGCCGAAGCCUCCGCGUCUUCUGCGGCAGUUGCUGAGAGUCAGUCUUCCGUCCCAAGCUUGAACGCUGCGAACAUCCCUGCUACUGCGCAAACCGUCUACCCCGAACCAUCGGCCACGACGAAGUCCAUCAAAGACAUCCAAACUCUGCCUGUCGCCCAAGUCCCGGCCGUUUCGAGCCCAGCUGCCGUUCCUACCUCGGAGAUUGUGAACAGCCAGGCAUCCAGCCAACCCGCGGGUGCAGAAGCUGCUUCCAGCAGUGUGCUUCAGAGUGCUUCUGUGUGCGACCGUCCUCUGCCGACAAUCAUUCCCGCCCCAGGCAUUAACCUGGGCUCGGGCAUGCCCACCCCGAAUGCCUCGCAAACAAAGCCCGUUUCCCCCAUCGCCACCGGUUCGUCCGCCGCCUCAGGCAGCGUUUUCCAGGGCAGUACCAGCACUGCUGCUAGCCCUGUCUUCACCGGCGCCGCCGACAAGGCAUCUGUGAAGUUCCCAGCAAUCAUUGCUGCAUUUGCGCUCGCGAUGCUGGCUUGA